AUGAUUCAAAAAAAAUAUAUAAUAUUAUUGCUGUCUUUAAGCAUAAAUAUUGUAUUAUAUUUAUCAAAAAGACAUAUAGGUGAAAUAACUUCAGAAAAAAAUAAAGUUAUUUUAACUGUUAGACCAGGUGAUACUGUUGAAUAUAUAUGUCCGUAUGAAUUAAACGAAGACAUUAAGGAUGGUAAGGAUGAAGAUAGAGAAUAUAUUGAUAAUGGUAAUUUUUGUUUUGAAUAUGUGGUUAUAAAUAAAAAAGUGAAAGAAUUAAGAGAUGUGGUUAGAGGUUCAUAUAAUAUAGUGAAAAGAAAAGAUGAUGAUAUAUAUAAAGGGGAAUUUACAUUGCCACCAGUAGUUUUACAUAAUAAGACAUUUGAAUGUUAUUGUUACAUGAAAUCAAAUGAUGAAGUAGUUAAAAAAAUAUUAAAAGUCAAUAUUAUACAUAAUCCUGUUAGGAAAAUACCUGGAUGUGAUUUUAACAGUGGGGUAAGAGAAUCAUAUGUUAUUACUACUUUUAAUAUAAAUUAUGAACACACUAAAAUAUGUGAAAUUUAUCCAAGAGGUGGUGAUUAUAUUGGUUUACUGUGCCCCAUAAAUUAUGUAGCCAAACCUGAUAACUGUUUUGAUAAAGUAUAUAAAGUUAAAGGUAAUCCUGAUAACGAUAAUGAUAAUGAAAUAGAAAUAUUUAUUAAUAAUGGAGUAUGGGAAGAAAAUAAAUUUGAAGAAGUUAACAUUAGCACACUUUUAAAAAAUGAUAUCAUUACAUUUGGGGAUGAUAGAUAUAAAUAUGCUCAAAUACCUAAAGUAGGAGAAAAGGUUUCUUUUACCUGCAUAUGUGAAUCACAUAAUAAAAAAGAUAACUUAAUGAUGAACGUUCACUUAAAUCAUAUAAAAAGUCAUCCUGAAUUAAAUAAACAAAUUCAUCGUAGUAAGGUUGAGUCUUCUGUAACUGUUAAUGUAAAAAGAGAUAUCAUAAGAGAAAGAUCAUCUUCUUUCAAUGUAUUUUUUUCUCUUUUAUAUAUACUUUUCAUGUUUUCUUUUGAUUUUUUUUUACUUGCUUAA